AUGCGACGAAGUGGUGGGUCGCGCGCGCGCAUCGGCCGGGCGAGCGGCGGCGGCGGCGACGACGACGAAUGCGACGAGGAGGACGAGGAAUCGGAGUGCGGCAAGAAGAAAGAGAAAGAGGAGGAAAAGAAAGAGGAGGAAGAGGAGAAAGAGGAGGAAGAGGAGGAGGAGGAGGAUGCGGAUGCGGAUGCGGAUGCGGAGGAGUAA